AAGCCAAUCGGUCCCGUUUGCGUUUCAGUCGCCCCAAGUGCGUGCAAGGCCGAAGGGAAGAGGGUUCAACGUCCGUAUCUGGAUCAUGCCGAAAUCGUGCCGAAUCUGACACCGCGGUCGGUCGUCGGUCGGCACGCCGUACCCCCGGUCGGGAAGAAGCGGCGCGGCUUCCGGUGCCGCACUCGUAGCAGUGGGAUAUGAAGGUGAGGCGGGAAGGGGGUUCACAGUUCGUCGGAGCGGCUAACGAUCGUCGGUGCCGAUCGUGGACGACGGAUCGGCGAGGGACCGUCGUCGCCGUCGUCGUCGUGCGACGAUGAGCGGGAACGAUUCGAGCGCGACGGCGACGCUGACACCGACGAGCGUCGCCGUCGUCCCCGCGGUCAUUUCCGUCGCGGAUGAGGAGGAGGAGGAGGACCCGACGACGGCGGCCUUGACCCUCGAUUGCGUCGAGUCCGGCGCCGACAUGGACCUGGUGAACGGACCGAAUCCCUGGCUUCCGGCCUACGGCUUCCAGCUGCAGCAUCACUCCCAGUUUCAGCCGGCGCACUUGGAGGAUCUACGGGCUAAUGAUACGGUGCUAGUGCAACAAAUUGAUUUUCUGGAAACGAUUCUGGAGGAGACAUCCGACGAUCUCCAGAGCGACUCCGAUCGCAGCGGAACGACAUAUUGGUUGGGGUCCGAUUCGGAGACCGAGAGCGUCAUCCAUAUCAAAACGAAGCAGAGAUCAGCAGACGAGCGGCUGGACGGCAGCGGCAGCGAUUGCAACUCGGUGGUGCCGAAGAAGCGACGCCGUCGCGACCAUGGCGCCGAUCAUCAUCACCACCACCAUCAUCAUCAUCAGCAAGUAACGGCCUACGACGAGUACCCGGCGUCGCCGAGGUCCUCCAGGUCCACCGCCUCCUCCAGAUCGAGCUCGCUGCUGCAGUUCGAAUCCUUGGAGAGGACCUGCGCGACCCUGUCACCUUCCAGCUAUAGUUUCGAUUCCCUGGAGUAUUCCAAUCGGUCGAACGCCUCCCAUCCGGAGAAUGACUCGCCCGAUAGCUUGGAGCAGGACUACGACAGGCUGCUACCGAACGGUUUUGCCAGCACCCUGGCGGACCAUUUCCCGAGGAUCAGGCCCUACCGCAGCUUCGAGAGCCUGGACACGUGCCAGAAGGACGAGGGUUUCGGCCAGGCGUCCAUGUCGAACGGUUUCGCGCCUUUGUACCUGAAGAGGGGUGCUGAUCUGUCGAAUAUUAGGAAAAACAACCAGCGUCCAAGAGAUUUCUGGCACGAGGACGAGGAAUAUGAAGACGACGACGAUGACGACGACGAAGAAGAGGAGGAUGACGAGUACGAUUUCGAAGAGUACGAACGAAGCCGAACGAACGCGGAUUCCCGGUUGACGACCGGUUUCGAGGAUCGGCUGCUGUUCGGCGAGUCCGGCAAGUACGCGACGUCCUUGGACUAUCGGAACACGAUCGACUUGCGGGAGAUCGGCGUGGAGACGAAGAGGGACGCGCUUUUGGAACUCAAGUCCGGCCAGAAGACGGCUAGGUUAAAUAUAGCCGGUAGCGGUGUGGAGCAUCAUCAUCACCACCACCAUCAUCAUCAUCAUCAGCAUCCGCAGCAGCAGCAGCAGCAGCAGCAGCAGAAUUCGGAGCACCAGCAGCAGCAGUACCAACAGCAGCAGUACGAUCAACACGAUUACCAUCACCACCACCACCGCCGCCAACAACAACACCAAGGGUGGAGCGACGAGGAGCACUUUAAUUUUAGAUUCACGGACAAGUCGCAGAGCGCGCCCAGUCUGCUUGACGGUGUCGAGGAGUCAGCACGCUGCACCUCGCCGUCUCGUCUUCGCACCUCGAGGACGACCUCCUACGUGUCGACAUCUUCUCUCUUCGAGAAUUACACGCGGGUGGCCAGCGUGCCGGUGGACUUGAAUCUCUGCGGCGUCGCCGCUACGUGCGACGACGAGAUGAACGGUCACGAAAUGGCGGAGACCGCGCCCGGCGACGAGGCCGCGACUCUGAAGAGCUCGCUAGAAGAAGAUACGAUCCUAAAAGAAAACGAUGAAACGCAAGUGGGAACGAAGGUCGUCUUGACCAGCUCGGUCAGGACGCAACCGGCCCAGGGCGCGCUCAUGGACGGCGACAUGAAGGAACGCGAGAAGGAAAACGAAGAACGAACGAAGGUCGAACGCGCGAGCGAUCGUUGCGAGACGCGCAACAAACAAACGAAAACUACGUCGACGGUGAAGACUCAAGAUCGCUCCAACUGUGUAUUGGACAUCGCGAUGGUGACGGAGAACGAUCUCGACGAAGCCAUCAAGCAAUUUAAGCGCGAGGUGGAGGAAGCGGCCGCCUCCGGAGUGGCGAACGCCGCCAUUUUGGCGAUGGAGACGAUUCAACGAACUGCGUCCGGUCGAGUGAAGAGUCGAAAAGUGAAGAACAACGCCAGUUACGAGCUGGCGCAGCAACUCGAGGUGGACGAGAGAAAUUUUCAGAAGAAAUUGAAAGAUAACGAUGAAGAACGCGAUGGUGCUAACUCCCCCGGGAAGAAACGGGUGCUGAACAACGCCAGCUACGAAUUGGCGCAGCAGUGCGACUACAUCAAGGCGUUGCAGAGCUCAAGAGCGGCGUUCCAGCGAAUGGACGCGUGCGACGAAUUAGAGGAAGCUGCAUCCGGACGCUCCUCGAAGCUAAAUGUCGCCGACGUGAUGCGCCAAAUGGGCUCUGACACGAACGUCAGCGAAGACUCCAAGCCGAAAGAGCCGCAGAACGACUCGUUCUUCGGUCAGAUAAAAAAAAACUCGGAUCCAUUUUCAGCCUGUGGCGAUGCUAGCGCGCUGAAUCCACGGUUGUUAGACGACGAGGUAGAUUAUCCCUGCUUGGAAACCAAACCUAUAGGAGCAUCCUGCUUGGAAAAUAGGGUCGUUUUACGCGAGAAGAUCGAAUCAGAGAAGUCAAUCCCAUUGAAAAGUGUCCUUGAAAAUUCCUCGACGGUAUCCUCCUACGUCGACGAGGAAUCACCCAUCAAACGAAACGAAGAAGAGACUGGAGACGCGAAGAAGACAUUUAUCGGCGAGUUUUAUCCGGAACGCGUGGCGCAGCUUCCUCGGAAGUCUCCUGAGGCGGACGAGAGCGGGGUUCAAGAACGGAAAAUAAACUCGGAGAACGCGUCGUCGGAUCGGGACCACGAAGAUCAUUCUCGUAGUUCUGGCUCGAACGAUCGAGGCGCCGGCGAGUGUCUGUGGAGGGUCGUGAUCGAGAAGCAAGCGGUGACGAAGAAGGAAGAGGAGAAGGAGGAAGAGAAGAGGGACAGGAUGGAGGCAGUGGAAAAGAAGGAGGUAGAGGAGGAGGGACACAGUGUCCGCGGUGUUGGCUCCGAGUCCCCACCCGGCGGUACGGGUUCACUCGGUGAACGUAGUAGUGGGAAGCCCGCGGUGGCCGUGGCGGCAGUUGAUACGAAUCAUCGCGGUGGUGAUCGCGACAAACGUCAGGGCGACGAGCAGCAACGCGCGCCGAGCAUCAACAAGCCGGACGCGAGCGUCGCGAACGCGAAACGAUCGUCGUCGUUUGUUGCCCCGAAGAGGGAGCCCGCGAGGACCUACGCGGUAUCUUCAACCUCCCUACCGUCGUCCUCGUCCUCCGCCGCCAUGAAGAGCGAGGAGAGAAAGAAGGGCGGUCUGGGCGGCUUUCUGCAGAGGUUCUCCAGGCUGAGGUUCAGCGGCAGGACGAAAGUGCCGCGCUCGGAGGCGCACAAGAAGACCGUCGAGCCGACGACGAGAACGCAGGAGGAGCAACAGCUGGCCACGGCCAAGAAGAAGGAGCCGGAUUAUAUCAUCAUACCGUUGCACCCGCCAGAGGAAGAGAGGAGACGCCAGCAGGAGGUCGUUACUCUCGAGGAGGCCGCCAGGAGGAACAAUGUGGACAUUCAGAGAAGCGCCUCCAGUGUCAGCAGCAACGGGAGGGCACCAGUGUCCAGCAAGCCGCCCCUGCCACCGCAACCGCCACGCGUCGCCGCUCUGGGCAUGUCGACGCGAGCGUCGGCGUCGGCGUCGGCGUCGGCGUCGCGCCGACGCGCCGCCACGGACCUUGGUAACCCGGCGGCGAUCGAGAUGGCGAAGGCCCGCGCGAUGCAGGCCGCCCAGGAGCGCCCGGUCGGCCUACUGGAGACCGACCUCGACGAGGCGGUGAUCAGCACGAGCUACAACGGCACGAC